AACCCGCCGAGCCUAAUACCUUGAGACCAAGAACUCUGCACCUACCCAGCACCAUGGCGACCAAGAAAUAUGACGCGUCCAAGCUAAAGGCGUACGACAGUGCCGCUGCGGGCCACGAAGGCGUACUCAGCGACGAAUCCGGUGCUGUGGUCGUAAAGCCGUGUACCCUUGCCGAGAUUACCUUCUAUGAAUCCCUCUCCGACCAUCCCGAUCUUGCGCGCCAUUUGCCCACCUUUAUGGGCCAGCUCUCCCUGUCCACCGACCAGACUGCCGCCGUAGAAAGUGUCGAAAGCGGCACCGUAAAGACUGCCGAUGGGUCCAUCGAGCGCCUGCAUGGCAAGCAUCUCGACACAGAUCUACACAUUGUGCUAGAGAACAUUACGCAUGGAUUCAAGAAGCCAAAUGUCUUGGACCUGAAGCUCGGCGCAAGGUUGUGGGAUGACAACUCGAAGCAAGAGAAGCGAGAUCGCCUCGAUGCUGUUAGCAAGGAAACUACAAGCGGUAGUCUUGGCUUCAGGAUAGCGGGUAUGCGCACCUACAAAGGCGCCGACGUCCCAGACGUUCCCGACGACUUGAAGGAGUAUGUCGAAGCUGACAAGGAGAAUGGAUACUGGGUGUACAACAAGAUGUAUGGGCGCAAGUUUAAUGCCGAGAGUGUGGACGAGGGCUUCGUAUCGUUCAUCUACCCUGGCGCCAAGUCGGAAGCAGAACUCGAUCGCGCGAGAGAAGUGCUGGCGUACUUCCUCGGCGAGGUCAAGGAUAUUCAAGAAGUAUUUGAAAGCAAAGAGAGCAGGAUGUACAGCGCAAGUAUACUGCUCGUAUACGAGGGUGAUGUGGAAGAGUACGGCAACACGAAGCAGAAGUUACGCUCAGCGCACCCAGAAGACGAAGACGAGGAGGAAGAGAAUCUGCCCAAGCUUGCAGAAGUCAAGAUGAUUGACUUUGCGCAUGCCUCAUGGACACCUGGCCAAGGACCCGAUGAGAAUGCGCUGCAGGGCAUGAGGAGCACAGCAAAGAUAUUGAAGAGCUUACUGGACAAGGCACAUGACUAGGGUUUUAAUAGAUCUGUUGUUGACUACUAUAGAUUGUAGAUAGUGUGUAGCCAAGACCAAAGCUCAUAGAAUACUAGCCAUUAUGGUGAGCAUAUGUCUGUGAUCUUUGGUACCCUCGGAGACUGCGGUAAUUUGAAGCAAAUGUAACACGGCAGCUAUGUACACAAGGCUAUGAUUCAACAACAUUCCUGCCAAGGAACACCUCAUAGACUAGUUUUCCAUGCUCAGCACUAGACGAUCACCACGAUACCAUAUCGUAAUCAGUCCCACUUCUCACGCAACUAAACUUCCCAAACCGUACCGUGAUCCCCAGCCCCAAAUCCGCACGUUCUCCAUAGCCGCGUGCUAAGAGGCCAAGCCAAUACCUC